AUGCUCCGCACGCCACCAGCACCGGUGCCCCUCGACCUCCCCAUGUCCCACUUUGACGAGAAGAAGGACUCGAUCGUCAUUGCGCCACCACGAUACGACUCGGAGGCCCGCGUCUUCUGGGACGUCGAGCACGGCAAUCUUGACGAGUCGGACGAGUGGGACAACCGCACAUGGCGCCGUUCAGACGUCUUCGACUGCCUCCUCUACGCCUUCAUCGCCAUCAACACCCUCCUCUGGCCCGCAGUCAUCUGGGCCUACUCUGGCGACUGGAACAUGCCCCCCGACUCGGUAUGGCACUCGGCCGACAGCCCCGGUGUCGUCGACGACGUCCUCGGCAUUGCAAGAAUCUGCUCGGGGGGCAUCUGUCGCUGGACUGCCGUUCAAUGA